AUGAUCCGCGGGCUGUUCAUCUGCUUUGGCGUAAUUUUUCUGGCAGCUAAUGCCUAUAUUAUUCAGACGUUCCCAGGAGCGAUGCGUAGUCCGGGAUUCUACAACAACCCGGUCAAUAGUGGAUAUGGCUUCGAUUAUAAGGAAUACAUCAAACGACACACCCGCGGGGCCCCGAUCAUGAUCUACACGCUGAACGACUGUAUCCCGUGCCGAAAAACGAAAUCUCUGCUGCAGCAACAGUACCCCGACGUGCCCGCCUAUUUCAUGGAAUUGGGCCACGGCUACCCAUUCGAGAGGCGGCUGGAGCGAGAUUUGCUCGAAGUGACCGGCCAGGACACUUUUCCGUACAUUUUCGUCUGCGGUCGCUUCAUUGGAGGCUCCUCCGACCUAUUCAACCUCCAUAAUUAUGGCCGUCUCCGACCGACCGUCAAUUCUUGCCCGGCCACCGGAUUCCAUCGAGAU